AAUCCGCACCAUUUCUGAGACUCAUCGUCGAGGGUUGCCGUGCAGUGAGCCACGGUUUCUACUUUUAUUCGAAGUUGAACCUCUGCGAAGUGAUGAGCCGAUGAAAGCGAGCGAACCGAGCGACCGUACGAAUAACCGAGGGUAGUGAGCGAGAGACUGUGUUUUGCAACCGUGCAGGGACAAGUGUGUGAACAUCCAGCCAGACCAGCCAUCUUGGAAAAAAGUUGAAAUUCGUUUUUCGUUUGGCAAAUUUCCUAGUUUGUGUGUGAUUUUGUGAUUAUUUCUGCCUAGAAAUCGAAACGAUUGUGAUUUGGCAAUAAGCCUACAUUUAAGUCGAAUCCUGUGACGCAAUUUGGAAAAUUUUCGUGCAUCCCCUGGUGCACUGUGUGAGAGCUGCGUCCUGAAGCAGAAGAUAACCUUUGGCAGUGAAACACCAGGAAAGAAGAAAAUUCAUAGUCAGAAAAGUGGAGUUUCUACAAGGUUGGAUCAUCUGACUACCAAACGCGGUGUAAAAAUUGUCAGUUUUCUGUGUAAAACGGUGAGAAAUUCGGACCAACAUUUUCCCUGCACUGUGAAGUAGUCCGUUAUAAGUGCGAAGAAGUGUGGAUGAGAAAAAGCAGCACAUCUGAAACGUAACGAGUGGUGAUAGUUUUUGAGUGGAAGUUUUUGGAACAGGCUCAUUUCAAGCUUAAUGUUAAAAAGUUUCGAAGCGUGUACGGUGGAUCACAGUUUUGCUUCGUCAAACAGUAUCUCGAGAAAAUGAGAAUAGAAGUCAAUUCGGCUGCGGAUUUUUUGAUGAAUUUGCUUCGAGUGAAAAAAGCAAAUCAACUGUCCGAAAGCCAACUGCUGCAUUUCAAAGGUGCGCUUGAGCAAAUCUUGACGCGUCAUUUCCAACGUCACUGGUAUCCUGAUGUUCCUACCAAGGGUUCCGGAUUCCGUUGUCUGCGUAUUAACGGAAAGAUGGACCCAAUUAUCGAGAGGGCUGGUCAUACUGUAGGGUUGAACACGGUAGCGCUUCGAAAGAUGCUUCCCCUGGAGCUGACCGUCUGGAUCGAUCCGGAGGAGGUUUCGUAUCGGAUUGGCGAAAACGGUACCAUCUGUGUGCUGUACGACCAACACCUGAGCCGUGCCAGUCCCUCGUCGGAUCUCGAUUCGACGGGUAGCAGUAGCUGUGAUGAAUUCAUUAUGGAACGAGUCGGCCGACUGGAUCUGUCGACGUCGUCCGAUAGUGGUAAUAGUGUUUUGGUAGACUUCCUGGAUACCAAUUCGUCGAAUCCGCUUGUCACGCAGAGCAAGCACAACAAGUACAACAACAAUCAUCAUAAUAAUCAUUACACGAAACGUCAUAACAAUAGUGUGAGCUCGUCGUCUAGUGGACAGACUAGUCCACCUCUUAGUCCACCGUACAAUGGCUACAACAACAACAACUUCAACAACAGUAGAUAUCAGCAUAAUAACCAACACAACAACUACUACUCGCCAUCUGUUCACCAACCGCAACCCUAUUUCCCCUGGGACAACCAAUUCGUUAACAGUAAAGUGCGUACCCAAUGUUAAAUUCGGAAUCGUGUUGCGAGCUGACUUCACUCUUCUUCGAUGAAAGAACAAUCUUUCAAUCAAACAACACAACAUUCAUAUCAACAGUUGUACAUCUGCGACCAUAACAGAUUGCAGACCAUAGGAGUUAGACUACGGAGAGAGUGAACUAUUGUGAUCAACGGCAGCGACAUUUAAGAAGGAUGACAGCGAGUCUUGGCCAAGGUGUGAAACGGUGGAGGACAACUUCUGAAUGCGGUUAGAACAUCAACCGAAAAACUGGCCACCAACAACAAUUGGCACCACUUCAUAACUGCUUAGACUAAUAGAUGAGCAUUUCGAGAUUGACACAUGUACUAUCUCUAGUUUCGUAAAACCAAUCGAAAGUGUUGCUAAUUAAUACUUACAACAUAAUAAUUUGACUAAAAACAUACAAAAAAUACGACAGAAACCUAUGAAAUGAACACGGCAAAACGAAUAAUUGGAAAAUUGAAACAGGAAUCUAUAUGUGUAAUGACAACAGAAAUAUAGCUUUAGAGCUGUCAGAUGAUGACGUAUUCGGAAGUGGUCAUUUUCCACUGCCUUCGCGUUUAGAUUUGUCUAUUCUAGGCGGGGGUGAUGGGCAAUGACCGAAUACGAAGAAGUACGCGGAUGAAAGCUUUAAAUCAGGCAAAUUUUUUUAACAUAAUAUCAAUCGUAUACCGGAUCAGGAGAAAACUGUAGCAGAAAAAAAGCGAAAAUUGAUGUGUUGUGCUCUGUAGAGUGAGGCAGAUAGGUGAGCGUAAAUGAUUUUUUUUUCUGAAUAAGACAGCUGUAGGAGCAAAGUAGCGAUAGAGCAUCAGGGUUAGGAAAUAUCCACAUCUUGCUGAGUGUAGUUGCCCAGCACAAAAUGGUCGUGGUUGCGGUAAACUAACCGGGAAUACUGCGAGAGAGAGGUGAAGAUCGAAUGGCGGAUUCUGAAGUUAAUAUCGGGUUAGGGACUAAUAUGUGAUAACAUUCGAACCUAUUUAUCCUUUCCUCCGAAGGCAAACUGUGUCCGUGACUCGACGCUUUCUUUGCCUAACUUUGAACAAACGAGACCAAGCAGUUAUUUCCUGUUCUUAUGCAACGGAAAUUGGAAUUGCUUAUUUCCACCAAUCGUUGUGUCGUUCCUUUGUGUACCCCCUAUUACCAUUUUCUGUUAAACCAUGAUCACCUGUUGUUCCUAUUCAUGUUUUCGUCGUCGUUGUUUCUUGAUGGACGGCUAAAAACUGAAGCAAGAAGAAAAAGAACACGACGAAGGAAAAACGACCAGAACACCUUUCAUCACAUACAUUCAACGAUGUUCAGUGGCUGUAAUGAAGAAAGGAGAAAAAGGUCAAUCAUUGAAAGCGGAGAAGCGAAACGAAGGAUCAAAAGCCAUUUGAAAUGUGUUUCGAAACCCAUUCCGUUCGUUCGGUUGGUAUAGGUAGGAUUCGAGUCGCUUCGUCCCUGGUGGUAUUUUACGGUAUAGUGGUCUUAGCUAUAGAAAAAAAAAACAGUCGAGGAACAAAGUUGUUCGUCAUCGAUUCAAUAAAAAAAGAAACUAGUUUGUUUAUGCUGGUAGUAGUGGUGUGCUUAUCCAUUUGAUAGUUCGUAUGUCUGCGUAUAUGCGCUCACGGCCAUUGAAAGAUAUACGUGAUCAAAAUAGAGACGAAAACAUCCAUUUGUUUUCAUCCUUCUUCUUUGUACGUUUGGUUACGCAUCUUCAAUUUUUGUAGUGUCUCUCUACCAUUCGGGUAGCCUGUUGUCUUUGUACUACUCUCGAAAGUGUUUUACUAUUAUUCCAAGUAAAAUUCAAAAACAUACUGUUUUCGGUCGUUUUUGUGUGUGGUUCGAUACUUAACACCUACACCAUUCAAGGCACUAAUAUGCCAAACAGUACGUUUUCCAUAUGAUUGUUGUUUUUUUUGUAUCCAACUGGUCGUGACGCACAACCACAACUGAAACCAGCUAAACGGGCUGUAUUGGCGAAUAGUACGGCAACAUAGCGAGCUACAGUGUAUAUCCAUCCAGCCAUCGAGUGGCCUGCUAAAAGGCUGCUAAGUUGAUGGUUACCACGAGCACUCACACAUACACUUUGAUUGCAAAUGGCUACCGUACAUAAUAGUCUCGUAGCAGUCUAUGGUGCCGAACGGUGCGUGGAAUGAGAGUAAGGAAAUAUAGGUACCUACCAGAGGAAAAUCGCAAUCUUCUAUGAGUCAUCUGCGAAAUGUGGUGCUCGAUCCGAAGCAGGAAAAAUCGCAGCAGCGGAGAGGCAAAUGACGACCGUAACGUGGGCUGAUUUCGAAACACAUUACCGGAAGGCUUGACGGUUCUUUGGACUCUUUUUCGCACCCGGGGGAAUUAAGAAAAUUAACUAUCAAUAAUCGUAAACAACACAAAGACCCACCGUCCAACAAAAUAAUCCUAGUAGGGUGAAAAUCGAGUGUGAUGAGCGAGAAAAAAUGAGGAAGGCAUUCUAAUGUGGAAUUAAUCUUAUACAUUAUAUGUAUAUUCCGCAGUUUUAAUCGUUGAUAAUCUCCAUUGACAAGAAUGGUGUAGGCUUUACUUCCUGUGACUUUUUUUUUCUAAAAUUUGACCAGCUUUUGCACAUAUCAGAAUUUGUGUCCAACUGGGUAUGCGUGAGUUAUUGUGUGUUGAGUAAACUAAGAAUAUCUACAGUACAAAGUCAAUUAUUAUCAAUUUUUUAUAGCUUUACACAGUGGAAUGGGCAAAAUGCAUGUGAAUACAAACAUUCAAUCAACGAUCUCUCUUUGACGGCAGGAGAGUAAAUGAUAGCAAAAUACAACAAGGAAGAGGUAGUUGGACAGACACGACGCAAUGUCGGUAUUCAAAAGCGCUACCGCCAUGUACUGCAGAGCAGUGGGUAGUCGAACGGUGUAGUGAUUAAUUCGAAUGAUAUUGAGCUGAAUGUGAUUUCCUAGUUGCACUGGUAGUCGACAGUUGCCGGCAGUGUACGUAGUGUAGUGCGGAUGCAAGUUCUAGCGAAUCUUCCGGCUAAUGAGCGACGUUCCCGAUAGACAAGUCGCUUGCAUGUCAAAAGAAAGUUUAGAAAAUCCGUCAAAACUUGUUUAGAGUGUAGCAGCAAUAUCGAGUUGCGUUGCGUUUUUCGAUUUCUGUUCCCUUCACAUCGUUCAGGGCUAGGUGGAAACAUGUCAGAACCAGUUUGUGGUUCCAUUUUUUUUGUUAGCUAUGUACUCUAGUCUGCACAGCUUGCAAGCCAAUCUUGUUCCCCAGCUCAGCGGUCGGUAGCAGCUUUAAUUAAUGAGGAAAUGUUCGUAAAUCGUACACCGUUUUCUAUCGUUCAUUGGAAAACAGUUACGGUGAACCGCACACAAAAUAAAAACCGCGCUGCAUUGCUAGUUUCUUUCCCUUGGCAGCGUUGGUGGCUGUCGAGCGUCCGUCGCCAUAUUUGAAACGGAAAUGGUGCCAGAUGAACAAUCGGAGAUAAAGGUGAAAUCGAUGUGCGGUGGUGGUCUGCUGCUUGUUGUAGUUAAACAAAAAAAAAGAAACUCUGAAAGUGGCGCCACUUUCUGCUGGUUGCUUCAAUGAGCGUCUUGAUUUGAAUAUUUAAAUUUUGCUACUUUUUGCUGAAGCGAGAAGCAAUACUUCAAACGAUAGUGCAACGCUUUGUUAUGCUUGUACUAAUUGGAAAAGAAUGGACGAGUUUGAAUGAAAAUUAUUAAUCGUUUUAUUUAGUGACGGUCGGCUACUUGAUUAUUUAGUUUGCAGCAGACCUUUACUAUCUAAUGAAUACAUUUUUAUUUCGAUUAUAGAAGUUUUUAAUCUUAGGGUCAUUCGCCUCUGUUUUCGGGUUCGAAAAAUCUCUGGAAAAAUUGCUAACUACACUAUGCCCGCCUUCUCCAACUACCAACUACGCUAUGCCCGCCUUCUCUUAUAAACAUGAUAAUACUGUUGCCGUUUUCUGCCCUGAAGAAAACCUUCGAAACGUUUGUGUUAGACGAAAUUUAGUUAUUGUUGUAUGAAAUCCGUGACCAAAACACCAUCUCUUCAUAUUACUGCUUGUAAGUAGUUAAUUACGAGUCCUUAUUUUAGGAGGGGCAUAGAAGUUUUCUUUUUCUAAAAAAAUCGAUGUUUCCUUUUUUAAAUAUACGGUUAAGAUCCGUUUUAUCAGCUCCUUUGUAUGUUUUAGGCAAAGCGGUGAUAUUUACAAAAUCGGGAUACAUUUUUUCUUUCUUUUAAUAAACCGAGACUAUUAAAAUAAUCUUUUCUAAUUCCUAGAAGUUGCCUUUUACCCUUUCUGAUUAUUUAGUGUACAGUUUCCCUUAAGGGAGUCUUUCAGUUCAAAAUAUAAAAAAACAGAUUUUUUAAAUUUUUGCGUAUUUUGUAUCUACGAAAACAGAAAAAUAUACCCAUGAAAGGAUUUAUUCGAAUUUAACUUGGUUCGUCUGCUAGAGCCCAUCAAACAGAUUUUGAUAUAAGGCUAUCGAUAUCAGGAAAUGAUAAAAUCGGAUUUUCACUGCAUUGAAAUAUUAAAUUUUAAGGAAUAAAGGUUGGUACCAUGGAUUUUAUGGCGGGGCACAGUUGUAUGAAAAAACCGAAAUCUACCGUAUCAAUCCAGCACAAUUAUUUAUGACCCGGCAUAGCGCAUUGCGUUUAAAAUUUGAAAGUUCGCACGGGAAAUCCUACUUCAUUGCAUUUUUAUUUCUAGAAAUUCCAGAUUUUGUUGAUAAAUGCAACUUUUAAUGUUUAUACUUAGUCUAGGAUAUGCCUAACAACUUUGCCGAAGGAAGUGUGGUGUUAAAAUGUUCCUGAAGAAUGUUAUAUCUGUUUAAAGUACGCUGGCUCGAAUUGAAUGCAAAACUCAGUUUUUUGGCAACACUGCAGCGUACCAAUGAAAGCUAAAUUUCAUACUAAAUUAACACAGUAGUUUUUUUUUGUUUGACCGUUCAGAUGAAUAAUUCAAAAGCAUUUGACCAAUUUCAUAGACGUAGUUAGAUGAUGAAUGGGUCGGUAGGAGAGGAGGAGAAAAAUAUUAUCGAGCUGGAAUGUUCAGAAGACUUCUUAAGAAAAGUUUGUUAUUAUAAUUUGAUAGGAUGAUCUUUUUGAUGCUGUUCUGUCAACCUAAACAAAUAUUGCUGUUAAAUUGAGUUUCUUUUGGGUUUCUUGUUGAAAUGCGAAAGUAGUUUCUCGCCUCGUUCAGCCACGUCAAGAUGAUCAACCGCAUUGAAAAGGGGAUCCUUGAGGCAAACAGCAUUAUCGGAUUUUCUACCAUUAAUCUAUUUGAGGGUACACGGAAAAAGAUGCGUUCAUAAAUUCAUGAACAAAAAUCACAAUUUCGUGAACUGAACGAUUUUCGUAAAUCGUGACCACAUUUCUGGAAAUAUAAAUAGUCAACCUCGUAUUCAUGAUACUGCUUGUGUUUUCAAAAAGCUAGAUUACGUGAAAAAUAUAUAUAGGGUUAUAUCCCAAUGUUUGGUUGGGUUACUGUGGUUCUUCCCUGGACAUGUUUAGUUUUAGUUAUGAUUCUUAUUCAUAGUUUUGGGAUGCACAAACGAUGGUCAUGAUUUCAGGAGCUUUGUCGCGACUUUCGUACUUUCUCAUCACGUUACCGUGAUAUUUUAUACGCGGGUUUACUAUUUUUCUGGCAGAGUAGCGCGAUUUAUGUUUAUGAUUUCAGAACCUUAGUCACGAUUUUCGUAAUUUAUGUUCACGUUAUCGUAAUAUUUUAGUCACAAAGUAGAGUGAUUUGUGUACUUGAUUUCAGGAUCUUAGUCACGAUUUUUGAUAUUUUAGUCACGAGUAGUGUGAUUUUUUUCAUGAUUUCAGGAACUUAGUUGCGAUCUUCGUGAUUUAUACGCACAUUAUCAUGAUAUUUUAUUUUUGAGCUCACUUUCGAAUUCAAGACGUAGAGUAAUGUGAAUCAUGUUUAUGAUAUAAGCAGUUUUAUCAUGAUAUUCGUAAAUGCUCUUCAUCUUAUCGUGCUUCGGUCCGGACAUCAAAUUGAACCAUAUCAAAUGAAUAACGAUGUUCGAGGUCCUAAUAGUUUUCAUGUAUCUGCUGCUCGCACCUAUUCCUAGUCGCUAGCAGCUGGACAUAAUAAUGAUAUUUCAUAAAAAGCCCACGGUAAAAUGCUAUGACCAUGUGCAGAGUUGUAUGGAAUUCGUACUCGUGGAAUAGUUCAUAAAAUCAUGAAUAAAUUUUCAUAUAUUCGUGAGCCAGUUCAUUAUUCUUAGUGUAAUAGUCACAACUGACCAUUCGUGCGUGUGAAAUAGUCCACAAAACCAUGAAAUAUUUUUCAUUUAUUCGUGAGUUAGUUCAUGGUUCCUAGUAUAAUCGUCACGACUGAUCAUUAAUGUUCGUGAAAUAGUCAACAAAAUCGGAAAUUAUUAUUCAUGAUUUCAUGAGCUAGCUCGUGAUUCCUAGUACAUGUUUCACGACCUAUCUUGAGUGCUUGUGCUAUUUAGAAGAUAAUAACAUUUAUGAUUUUGUGAACUAAUUCACUAGCACGAAGUCAGUCCUGGCUAAUUCGUUAGUUCACGUAUAUUUGAAUAUUUUCCGAUUUUGUGCACUAUGUCACGAGCAUGAAUGGUGAAUCGUGACAAAUUCGGUAGGAAUCAUCAAUAAAUUUACGUAUACAUGAACAAUAUUUUAUGAUUUUGGGAGGUCUUUCACAAGUGAAUUGUGAAUAAUAUAUUAAAAAAUCAGAGCUAGUUGACGAUGAUUGAAAGGAUUCAUUAAACAUAUUUCGUGAAAUAGUUCACCAGGAAAUAUGUUUCUAUUUUGUGUGAACUACUUCACAACCAUGAAAACCAGAUCAUGUUUUAAAUGUAAUAAAUCAUGAAUCAGUCUUAUAGUCAGGCUCUAAAUAAUCUAUAUUUCUAAAUCUACCUUUGAUUUUAAGAAUAUUGUUCAUGAAUUUGUGAACUAGUUAAUGAACAGAAAAUUGAUUUGGUAAUGUGUACCGUGAUUGAAAUUCACAAAACCAAAACAAAUAUCUCCACUAACAAAAGCGUUAUGUUGAGUUAGUGGAGGGAAAUUGUAUAUAUGUAAUUAAAGUACACAAUUAUUGUUCAUAGUUCUGCUUUCGUAACGUAAAAACGUGAUUGUUCCAAAAUUAAUGGCACCUUAUUCAUGCUUUUGGGAACAUUUUAAUGCUAUUAUUUCCUAUUAUACAGGUGAGAUUAAGCAAAUGUUUUUGAAUAAUUCACCUGAACAAACCAAUUGGCCAAUAUUUCACUUAUGUCAAUUCGAACCUCUACUUCUGUUCAUAUGUAUAAUAAACGCCUACCCCUUCACACACACUCAACCUUGUACCACUUUCAUCAUGUAGCUACGUCUAUAAAAUUGGGUAAAUGCUUUUGAAUCAUUCAUAUACAAAUUCACUAAAACAAAAAACUACGAAAUUAUUUCUGCUUCAUGUCUGACUACCAUUGGUACACUAGAGGGCAGUGUUGCUAAAAUAAAUGAUUUUUGCCACUUAAUUCGAACUAUCGAACUUUAAACAGCUUUAACUUUAUUUAUAGACUUUCGGGCACCAUACCUUAUUCUGCAAACUAUACUUCAGUCUUACUUGCGUACUGCAGUAAAAACUGUAAUUUCUAAAAUUGAAAAUGUUAAAAAUCGGUUUUCCAUGCAAAUUCAAAAACUUAGUGCUCUACGUCGGAUCGUAAUAAAUCGACCCCACCUGUAUAAUAGUUGAUCGACUGACAAAUGUCAAAAACUCUCCAAAAGAGACGUUAGUGGUGUAAAUACAUCUGCUCGCAUCUCUAAUUAUUCUGAGAUUAUUUCAUGCGUGUUUUUUGUAAACGGCCAAUAAGCAUACUGUCAAAAUUCACUUUGAAAGAAAAUUCCGGACAACUCGUAUCUCGCCGAGAAUGGAUAUUAACAUUUUAUAAAAGAGAAAAGUUUUCUCUUUCGUCCGCUGUUGUGACUUAUAGUCGGCGAUUAAUGGUUUGUCCAGAAUUUCCUCUCAAAGUGGAUUUUGACAGUAUGCUUAUUGGCCCUUUUCAAAAAACACACAAGAUUUGUCAAAGUAAAUUUGACAUGAGAUUUUGGCAUUCAGGAGCUUUUUAGUUGUGCAAUGGUCCAACUAGUUUUUAUAGUGUUUUUGUAAUCGUGCACGGAAUUUUGAAAAACAUUGUUUUCAUAAAAUGGGCUUCAAAGUUUUUAGAAGGAAGCAAAUUAAUUACAGAAAACUUACAGGCAUGAGAAGUUAAUCAUGUUAGACUCUGCAUGAAUAUUCUCAGAUAAAAAUUCUAACGGUUUAAUCAACAACAACAAAAAAAUCAUUUUUUUAAACUGACUGUUGAGGAGACUUCCUUUAAGAAAUUUGACAAAGCAAGGUCUGCCCUUCCGACAUUUUUUUUUUCUCAAUCGCUCCUAUCUAAGAUGGCGGCUCUAUUUGCCGCUAAAGACAGGAGAUUUGCAUUUAAUUUCCGUUUGCGAACAACCGUCUCAUUUGACAAGUAUGUUGAAGCUACGCUAAUAGUUUCCUCAAACGGAGCCUCGUCCAUUCUUCAUUCGUGUGUCAAUGUAAAACAUCUGGUCACUAGUUUGCUAGCCGUACAUGUCACGCACAAGUACGAGAUGGUUGUUUUUUUCCCUAUUGCUGUGAUAGCAGUGCUAUAAAUGAGUUCCUAUCUUACCAACUGAUAACACUGACACAUUUCAGCAGCUUGUGCGACGCGUCGACGUCACUUCCCUGGUUUGGUCGGUUUGAGCCAGUUCAUCACAAGCCAAUGCGCCAUUCAAACGCGUAGCCUGUUUAGUGUACGUGUGCGAAUCACGUUAGCGUAGACUGUGCUAGACUUACAACCUUGCGUCAAUGAGUUGUUUAGCUGGUAUUUACUCAAGUUUCUAGCAACAACAGACGUUUGCAAGAAGCUAGGUGUUAGUGACGACAACUAUUGAAUUCGCAGUGCUUAUCGAAAAGUCGUGAGAACGGGAAACUCCUCCCCGGGGAAAUAACACGUAUGUGCGCGCGCGUGUGUGUGAGAACAGAUCGUUAUCAAUUUGCCGGACUCUUGCUUUCGACAGACUCUGGGAUGCCGAUUUCGAGUAAUUAGACGGGAACGCAAAAUUACGCCCAAUUAAAGAAGCCACUUUGAAUCGUUUGUCUCGGAACAGUUGCGAACGAAGCGAAACAGAACGAACGAAGCGAGAAGGCCGGCUAACGCGCAAUAGAACUGUGGAAACACUCAGCACACACAAAUGUAUUGGGGUUAUAAUCGCUUUAGCUGGAACAGCGUAAUCAAACUCCAAAGUCGGCUCAAUGUCAGCGCAGUCAUGUGAAAGCGAUACCUUGCGCCAUUUUCUUGAUUUUCUUUUGCUAAAUUUACCCAGCCUACUUCAAAACAAAACACAUUAACUUGUAUCAUAUUCUAAAACCUGUGAUGACUUUCUAGAUUCUUUUUUGUUAUUUUUUGUAGGAACGAUAUGCUAAAAGUAGGUUUAUUUUUAAAACAUUUUUGUAAAUAUCAAAUCACUUGUAACUAAGAAAAGAUAGAUUAUUCCAACACAAUUGUCAAAAUUGUUGAAAUUUCACUUUUUGUCCGAAUUAGUUUCCCGUGUUUUUAUUUUCAUAAUCCUAUCUUUUCGUAGCAUUGUGUACAUUUAACCAAACAAAAAUAAAUUAAUAUGUGACUUUGUACUGUUGAUCGUGUGAUUGAGGCAUACGUGUAAGUAUGGGGGCACACAGUUCUUUAGUGCUAAAAGCAUGAUGAAUGGCGUGACAAUUGUUUCGUUUGUGAAUCAAAAGCUAGCUUUAAGUUUUUAUAGGUUUAUAUUAGGUAUGUAAAUGUUUUGCAAAACAAAAACAAAAAAAACUGAGAACAGUGGAAAGACAAAGAGUUACAUAAAUAUACAUAACAAUCCCAACACAAAAAAAUAACACCGGAGAAAUGUUAUUAAACUCGUUAAUUUACUAACGACUGCCAUUUUAAGCAUAGUGAAAACUAUUUUGCUCGCCCUCAUAGGCGCGGCUACGAGACAGAGCUAUACAAACAAAUGUGAAGCUGCGAUCGAGCGGAUUUUAACCAUUUUUUUACGUUUUUGUACAUAUAACAUUUUACGAUUGUAGUAUAUACACAAAUGAACAAUUUUGGAAGCAGACGCGUCUUCGCAGUUUGCAAACCCAAAACUAAUCAAACAUCAACUUUACGUUUGGCAUCACUUUCCGUGGCUGCCAAAUGUACUGCCCUUAGCCGGCCCAUCUAUCGGAAAAUUUUCUGUAUAAAAACCAGUAAAAUAUCAAUCAGCAUAUUAUGCUGAAAAGUUGAUCCAUUCAGCAGUCUGUCUCCGCAUUUGGUAAACAGAGUGGAACAGUUGCGAUGUCGGCUUCUCUGGUCAGCACUGUUUGUUAUAUUUGCUAUUUCAAUCGAAAACUUUUCCAUGAACCAACAUGAUACUGAUGUAAAUAACAUAACACGAUGUACAUUGAAGCAGUCCUUUUCUACGAAAACUUGUGACGCGUACGCGGAUGAAGUCUCGUCUUCUGUCUGCGAUGGGGAAGCCAUUUUGUAUUUUAAUAAUUUGAACAAAAUCUCGUUUGCUUUGUUGCUGCGUAUGUGCGUGCGUGCGUUUCUGUCGCACGCAGCGUCAAGCUGUCACCCUAACAUUUGAGAGUUGUUUUGUACAUUCAUGUGUCAGUGGAGGGUUUCGCUUUUGUAAACAUGCAACCAGCAGUCAUUACGUAUCUAUUUAUUUUCAUAUUAUAAAAAAAACUAGUCAAUAGAUAUUCGAGCUGCUCUCUCUCUCUUUCUAGGGUACGGCGAUAUCAGAUUAUGAGUUAACUUGUGCAAACCAUCGUGCAAUGAGGGUUUUAGAAAGUGGUAUAAAGAGCGCGGCAACGUAGCGUCACUGUCGGUCGCGCCGAACCGGCGUUGAUCCGUGCGGUUCGAAAAAAAAGUGAUCGCAUCACAGUGCGGUAGAUUGGCGAAAGUGUGGUGAACAUUUGACACAUCUUUCGCUUUUUUUCUCUCUUUUUGAUGUGCUUAGACAUGUUGGAGCAUGUUUCCUGCAGCAACGGUCGUCUUGUGAGUUUUUUUUCCAGAACUUAUAAUUGCUGUAAUUGGUGGAAUUUUAUGCAUCUAAGUUUUCGUAGAAACGCUGCUCAUUCUGAUGUGCUUCAUGCUACUUGUUUGUUUUAUAGAAAUUUUCUAUUCAAACAUAAAAUGAGUACUAGCGAAAGCAAAUUUAACUGUGAUCUUCUCCAACUAAAAUGUGUUAAGGAUGCUUCAUGAAAAUGAUCGGAGAGCUGGAUUUUCUGUAGUUACAUACGUGUUAGGGAAUUGCAUUUCUCUCUCAAAAUGGACUGAAUUUAGCGAACCGAGGGGUGCAAACUAGGUGAUAAAGAUAGAAUCGAAAAAUAAUAACGGUUUACUAGCAAAAGUACGGUUUGAAUAUUUUCCGGUACCUGGGCUAGAUACGUGUGAAUGUGGUUUAGCUGCUAAAUUGCUGCACAUGCGAUCCGAGUGCAGAGUGGAAAGGAAUCGAACGUUGAAAUCGUGAUAAAUGAAAGUCAUACUUAUUAGUUUAAGGUCUCUCUGUAAUCCAUACGGGCAAACAAGAUGAUCAAGAUUUAUGUAUACAACUACUAUAACUGUAGCGUAUUGAGUCAAUCGUGUUGAUUUAACAACGCAAACCACCACCAAUCACUGUUAGUGUAAACAUGAAACAGCAACCAUAAAAGAAGUCUGAGAAAGUUUAGUUACGGUUGUCAUUUUUUUUUCAGAAUAGAUGAGAAACUAGAAGAAGUUUGUUGUGAUUAAUAAAAUAAUUGAUUGAUAGAAAAAUGAUGAAUCAGCAGCGCUUAAUGAAUAUAUUUGAAUGUGAUACUAUAUUUUUUAUAUCUUUGGAAACAAUUGAUUACAAACAAUAGAAAUAAGAGCUAUCUAUGCUAAACGAAACCUAAACCCACAAAAACUGUACAAUAAUAUCAGUGAAAGUAGAUGCAGUGCACUCGGGAACAACUCAAAAACUUGAACUUUACAAGUACAACUGCAUUGAAUGUAUAGAAAGAAUGGCAAACAUCAAACGAUUUUACCAAGUUUGACAGUGAGUGAGCGCAUUAUGAAUUGUAAUCGUUCAUCACCAGUGAGAAAAGGUAGCGGGAAACCCAUUUGACUUUUAAGAGGAGUGCAAAUUAUUUAUAAAACAAUACUAUCACAUUCAUUGAUAUUUUAUCAGUAAUCAUUUUUUGAGUAAAAGAAAAACCAAAGCAAAAGAAAAGCGUAUCAUAGUUUAGGCAUGAAAUGUUUCAUUUGUUUUUACCACCAGCCAAUUUCCGCCAUCGCCAAGUAACCAACAAACAAAAAAGUACCCGACAUAGCAAACCCCCGUAUAACGCGAAAUCAGGGCUCUGCACCAUUGUUGUUUCCCGCCCGGCAUUGCCUCGAUCAUAAUGCUGCAAUCGUGACACUCCUAAGACCAAAGUCGUGAUUUCGAAUAGGACAAAAUCAAUUUACGAUGGAGGCAGCCAGCCAGUCGGAUGAUAGGGAUUGUUAUGAGAACAAUGGCUUUUGUAGUGGAGAUGUAGUGUUUUGCGCGGAUUUUCUCUUUCGUUACCAUUGCAACCCCGUGCCGCUGCACUUGGGCAUACUCACCUCCCCCCGUGUUGUAUGUUGUAGCUUUCACUUCCACAUCACUUUGCAAUAAAUAGUGGUCUCGCGAAGGACAAUGUCGCCCUUUGGCUUACUGUAGUGGACCCGCAUGGUUUUCGUUUGUUGUUGGAACCCAGCCGUACAUGUCAAACGACAUCCCUAUUAGAUGCAAGUUUUGUUAGAGAGUGAAAUAGUACCGUCACUGCACUGUGGUCCAGAAUGCAAAAUUUAGCAGAAAUUUUAAGUUUUUACAAAAACUAACUUAGUCUUAUUAUGUCUUUGGAAAAGUUUCCCUAGUUUGUGAUCCCCUUCUCUUUGUCGAAACAACAGUUAGGGUUGUUCUAAUUUUACCAAGAUAAUUUUUUUUUUAUCAUUCUAGAUAGAGAAAUAUGACUUCUAGUUGUAGAAGGAUAAAUUUUAGAAAAGUUUUCUGAAGACAUGUAAGCUCUAUAUGUCAUUCUUUUCAUUUGACAAGAAAUUUAAAAUUAAGGUUUAGGGUUCUUUGAAAAACGGUUGUAUUUAUAUAAUUUUUGCGUCAUUGAUUUAAAAAUUAGGUUUUUUUUCAGGCAACUUGAAGAAUAAUUUGCUUCAUGGAACCGCAUAUCAAAUUAUUUUCAACAAAAGUUAUGAGCGUUUUUUCGCUAAAAUUUUUUUUAACCAAUAUCACUGAUUGGGGCAAACGAAAUAUAAUUAUUUUUCAUGUACAAGGUCAUGAUUCCAGAUACGAUUGAGUAAAAAUGUCGAUCACGAUAUUUUUUUUUUGAUAUUCACGCAAUUGAUUUCGAAAAAUCAAUUUUUGAAGGAAUAAGUAUUUAUAUCUUUUCAAUAAAACGGUGCUACAGUGAUUAUGUACUUUUCAAAAUUACCUAUUAUAGGUAGUAGAUCUUAGCAAAUGCAACACAAAAUUAUAUAUGAAAAAUGUUGUAUACCCUCAAAAUCUUGAUUUAUGGCAAAAAAUACGAGUUUUUAAUUUUUUUGAGAGUUCUGGAAAGAACAAAUCAUUUCCAACAGUAUGUCAUAUUAUGUUCUUUGGCUAAAAAUACUACGCGGUUUUGAAAACAACCAUUAUUUUACGAUUUUUGUCGUGAAAAUUAUAAAAAUUGUUCAACAUUCUUCUAGAGAAGCGUCUUCGUUUUAAUAAGAAUUUAGAGAGAACAUUUAAUUCUGCAUCUGGAGACCUGCAGCCUAACUCGGCUUGGCAAUUUCAACAGCCGUGAAGUCAGUAAAUUUAAAAACUGAUAUCUCAGUAAAGUGAGAUUUGUUUGCUGAUUUUCGGUAAAAUAUCUACCGAAUCUCAGCUAUCAAAUGUCACUUUUACUGAGAUCUCAGCAAAAAAAAAUGUCUACUGAGAUCUCAGCUGUUGAGGUUUCGGCAAAAGAUGCGAAAAAAUCUGAAAUUCGGCAUAAAAAAUUAAGUGUGGAGUAGUUAUCAUCAAAACCGGUUUAAAAAUGGCAUAGUUAUAAAUUUUUCCAAAUUAGAAUCUUGCUCGCAUGAACUUUUAAGGGGUCAGUUGAGGCAUUGUCGCGCACUAUGGGAUUCUAGAAUUGUAUCUUCCGUCAUUUUUUUUUCCAAAUUUAAUUUAAAGUUUGUACACCUACUUUUGAAUGUAUACGCAAUCGAGCAUAAAAAUCGAUACCUUGGAAAAAAAAUAUAUGGGACUGUCCCCUUAAAAGUUCACGCGAGCAGGUUUUUAAUUUGGAAAAAAAUAAUAACCCUACCAUUUUUCAAACGAUUUUGAUGAUAUAUAGGUUCAACGAGAUGUGGAAUAAAAUGUUCUCUCUAAUUUUUUAUCAAUUUUUAAUGAAAAUGUUGAGCAGUUUUCAUAUUUUCCAUGAAAAAAUCGCUAAAUCACGGUUAUUUUCAUAUUGUUGUUCUAGAGCUGCAUAGUAUUUUUAACAAAAAAACAAAACAUAGCAUACCAUUGGAAGGGUCAUUUAUUCUUUUUUCAAGAAUACUCGAAAACUUCAAAUCGGUUGAAAAAUAACAGCGUAGAAAAAUUUUUAGUACCGAAAGUCCCGAACAAUAGGUUUUUUGGUAUAAAUCAAGAUUUUGAGGGCUUAUUAAAUUGAUUAAACGUGGUUUUGUGUUGUGUUUGACCAAAUCUACAACAUUUAACAAAUCACUUGAAAAGUACAUUCAUUUUUUUAUGUUGUAGUACCGUGUAAUAGAAGCUAGAGUCAAUAUGUGUUAGAAGAAAAUGUUCGUCUUCAAAAACUCUGAAAAUCUUUUAUGUCAGCAAAAUUGAAAACUGCAAAAGUUAGACUAAAAAUUUGGUUUUUCGUGAAUUGACAUGAAUUGAAUUGCUUAAAUUACUUUCACGGUCGGCAAUAUUAAGGAUAUAGUUUCGUUUUCAUGAUAAAAUAUUUCAUUUUACAAGACUUUUAUUUUAAAUAGUAGUUAGGGUGGUUCUAAAUUUAUUAAAAUCAGUAAUUUAACUUUUUAGGGAUUGAGAUAGAGUUUCGCAGUCUUUCAAAAAAAUUAAGGGAACCUAAUUUUAUAAAAGUUUAGCUCUAUUUCUUGUAUUUUUCAUUUUAAAAGAAACAUACAAAAAAAUUAGGGGGUUUCUAUUAUAUUAUUUGUAUAUCUUUUGAAGUUUCGAUUUUUCGUUAAUAUAAGUUUAGAAAUAUUUUCAGAUUUUUUGAAGAAGAACAGUUUGUCUAAAUAUACUGAACAUUUACCUUUUUUCGUUAGAAAGUUAUAUAUACCUUCUACCAAAAAUAAACUAUUUUUUAAGUAAAUAUUGCAAGAUUUGAAAAAAAAAUCGUAUUUGGCCAUUUUUUGGUGAUCCAUACCACAAGGUAUGUUAUUUUAUAUGGCAGCAACGGUAUUUAACGUGAAGAGCCCUUAUCGAAGAUGUUUGAAAACGUUAUAUUUUUAUAUCGAAGUUCUCAUAACUUCGAAAUAAAGUUAGUUUAAUAGUUUAUGUAAAGGAAAAAAUUAUGCACCCCAAAAUAAUCUUCAAAUUGUCCAAAGGUUACUUUAGCAUAAAAUGAAAACUUUAAGAGUUAUAUAAUUAAAACCGUUUUUCUAAGGAACACCUUAAAAGUUGCAUUUGGAUUUCUCGUGCAAUGUAAAAUAUGAAAAAUAGAGCUUGCGUGUCUUCAGCAAAUGUGUCUAAAAUGUGAUAGUCUACAACUUCAUCGAAGACAGUCAAGUUCUAUCUCGAACCGUUAAAAUGUUUAAAUUUGGAUCUUGUUAAAAUUAGAACUACCUUAGCUUCUGUUCAAACGAAAGGCAGGACUUUGUAAAGUAUAACAACUUUCCUAGACAUAUUAUAAGGUAAAAUUAUUUAGUUUUAUCAAAAAGUUAAAAUUCCUGAAAAAAUACAUUCUGGAACACCGUGCAUUGCAGGUCGCUUCCAAUUAUUAUGUUUUUGUUCGCAAAAAAAUCGUUUUCCAAAUCAGAUACUCUUUCUGACCUGUUUUAUGAUAAAAAGUAACGUCAACUUACCCGUUCUCUUAUUUCAAGCUAGAAUUACAUUGAAAUUGUCGUGGCGCGAUCAUAGUUCCUAGAUAGUCUUCGCGAGACCGAUCCAGAUUUUUCAGUGUAUGAUGAGGGGUAAAAACAAAGGAAACAUUCUAACAAAUAUUCGACUGCCUACACAUUCGUCAGUGGCAAACGGUACCGUUUGCUGUUUUUCGUUAAUACAAAGUAGAGGAAAAGUCUAUUCACAAUCCAAAACAACCCGAGAAAAUGGAAGCGAAAACUGUCUACGAGGAAGAAGUGUUAGGUCUAAAAAUAUUGUUUUAAAUAUUUUUUUAUCGAAAUAUUCUCGGAUAUACAAUACCUAGAACCAACAGCGCGUUUAGAGGAAACGAGUGAAAGCUUUUAUAAUAUUUACACACCAAGUAAACCACAUAGUACAUCAAUUUUCACAAACGCGUAAGAGUAAAAGGUAACUUAGUAAUCAAAUUCAAAUCUAUUCGAAGAACCGAUUUAGGAAGCAGAUUGACCACCUAGAUUGAGUAUAAUGAGAAGGAAAAAAAGUGUAGCGCGAAACAUAAGACUAAGAAAACGUACAAAUUACCUAGUAACUCGUUUUUAUAUAGAACAACAUAUAUAAGCAAAGAGGUACUGUCAACAAAACAAAACAAAUAACAAGAGGGGAAAUAUUAUGAAAGUUUAAGCAAAACCACUAAAGCUACCGUCAAGACGAACGUAACAGGAGAAGAUGAAUAUUAUAGUAUUGUCUCACGUCAGAAGUCGUUCAGUAUGUUUGCUUAAUUAUGCUUUGCCAGCUUGGUUUGACGUUUUCCGCGAUGCUUUGUUUUACGCUAGAAAUGUUCAUAAUUAUAGCAGAAUGUCGUUAAGCGAAAAAAACGUGGAAAGAGAACUCAAACACUGCACUGCUACCCUUUCAUUAAUUUUCAAACAGAGUUCGGUGUUGCCAACAAAUAUGAUGAUGAUCUCAACAGCACUGGCCAAUACAAUUUUGCAAAACAACGCAGCAAGCAUUGGAAACCAGUUUUCGGUGCUUAUUUACGUGUAGAGAAUGUGAAGAAGCCACGAUGAAAGAAAUAAACAAAACUGGAAGGGUAACUUUUUCGGUCAGUUUUAUUGUACCUUCUCUGCUGGAGUUGUUUUUCAUUAUUUUAUUCGGUUGCUGAUGGCACACACAAAGAAGAUUGCGAGCGGGAGUGUACAAUUAAUGGGCAUCGCUCGUGAGGAAGGAGGUCAGGCCAAGUUGAGCCGCUUAGUCGGACUAUACAUAAUGGCGACGGAGAAUAACAACAGUAACAAAGUGAGAUAGAAGACAACAAAACAGCAGGUCGACGUGAAAGGUCUAGAAUUGUAUCGCUGAACGUUCCUUGGUAGCUGAAUAACAUGUAUAGGACGUGUUUUGGAUUAGGAAUACUCUUUUUAGAUGUACGCGAGCUUCGAUCAAAACCGAAGCUUAGGGAGCAGCAUUUUUUUUCUAUUAGCUAAGAUAGUUUUCAGAUUUUGUCAUGGUGAGGAGCAUAAAAAAACAAAAGAGCACAUUUUGUUGUCAUGUCAGAAUGAUAAAUGACAAAAAAGCGGACUCUGGAUGUACAAAUUUUAUUGCUAUUUUAAUGAAGAACAGAAACGAACCUUAGAAAUGAAAACAUGAUUCUCAUCAAAAUUAAGAAACUACAAAAACACUGACAAGAGAAACUGAAUACUAAUUAAGAGAAACUAUGAAAAACUGUGAUCUAGUGGGAAAAGGACACGAAUAUUUAUACUGCAAUCGAGCAUAAAACCAACAUUUAAAAGAAGUGAAAAUCAUUGCGAUUGGUUUUUAAAUUAUUUUACUAAGCAACAACAAAUACGAUGCAGGCAAGAAACAGCUAAACACAACAUUUACAAACUGUGAACACGUAGCUUUUAAGGAAGAUGCAAGAAAAACAUGUAAAUAUUAUAAAUUUCGAAAAAUGUUAUAUAUGUAUAGAGAUGUAAAAAAAAACUCACAUAUACACUUCCAUCUCAACCGUGGAAGGGCUCGAUUUUGAACUGCGCAAAAAUGUCGUAUCUUUUUUUUCAGUGUGCAAGCGCCGUGCUUGCGUGUAUACUUAUCGUGUGUGAGUAGAUUAUAGCUGUCCCAUUGUUGUCCACGUUUUCGCUGGAUCGAGGGACAAGUCUCCAUCUGUAGAAUAACUUUUUAUCCUUCUUCGUUUACUAGUUUAUGAUGGCCAGCAAAUUGAACCUGUUUGCGCAGCUCAAAAUGGAACAGUCCUUCCCGGGAAGGGGUGCGAACAAGGGCAACCGAGACCGACGGAUAAUGAAAAACAAUAAUGAAAAAAUGCAGUAUUUUUUGUAAUAAAAAAAAACAAGCGAAGUGAAAAAGAACUGAAAAUUGUACAAAAAGAGGAAAAUUUUAUAAUAAAAACCACACGAGAAAAAAAAACAAAGUUAUAAAAAAAGUUGUUGAAGCAUUUAUAUACGUAAUGUAAAUUUAUAGCAACUAUAGUUUUUAUUAUUUAAAACUACAAGUUCAGAUGAAACGAACAUCGUCGCAGCAGCCGCGAAGUUGUGCAUGUAAAAUAGAUGCAAUAAAAAGGAAAACUGUAUGAGAAAUCGAAAACGAAAGAAUCGAAAUACUGUGUAUAUGUAUAAUGUAUUUUCGCGGAUAAGGGGCUCAUGUAGAUUGUUUCGUUUAUUCUUAUUUAUUUUCUUAAUUUCGAAUGAAACCGAAUUGCUAUAUGGAAACAGUAAUUGUAAUGCAAAUGACUCUUCAUGGCAUCGGAUUUAAGAGCGAAGUGAAGAAAGCAACAAGGGAACACGAAUUACGCCGCCAUGUUGGUGGUGUUUGCUCACUCGCUAAUGCAUACCUACCAUCCGUACUCGAUUCGCACUUGAUAUACCUAUUGUCUGGCACACAACAAUUCACUCCUUGAGCGCUUGUUUUGUGCAAUCAAUUGGAGCGAAGAAAAGCCCAUCGCAUUAGCAGAGGGAGGAAACACCUCUGGAAGAUAUAACAAUGGUAAAUUGUAAACAUGCAUCCAUAGGAAAAAAGAGGCAUCAACCAUCCGAUCGUAGUAGCACGCCUAAUUGAUGAAUUCAACUCUGUUUAUAGAAACAAUAAAUUUUUACAAAUUCAUCAAAAUAUAAUAAAAAUACAGCUAAAACGUAUUUGAUAUCCGAUACCCCAUUGUUUAGAUGUGAUGAACUAUACUAUCUUGAAAGUAAACAUAACUGAAAACAUGAAUUGAAGUAUUUAACGUGUCGGCAAUCUUUUGAAUUGAGUAAACAAAACUGUAUAGUCUGUCACGAUACACAUAUGCAAUUUUGUGUAUUUAAUUGAUAAAAGCAGCUUCGAUUCAGAGAAUACCAAUAACCUUGGUAUUACAGAACGCAACCCAAAUUUAAAUGUUUCCACGUUCAAAAUGACCUCUAGUGUACAUUACAAAUAUAUAUCCUAAUAGCAUUUGAAUAUUAUCUGAUAAUAUUUGAAAUAGAUGAAAAAACUGAAGCAUAAAAAUUCCGGCGACGCAUGAAAUACAAGCGAACUGUAAAUAACACAAGAACAUGAUAAAACCUUAAUCAGCAAUAAUCCCAUUUCAGUAGAACUCUGAUGAACUCUCGUAGCAAGUGUCUUCUUCCUAUCCGUAGUUUUACCAAUCGAAAACCGCUUUAUGGUAGAGUCUUGUGAUUGCGCCCAUUUACAGUUCAUUGCCCCAUUAUUUAAAAUUCAUUUGUCCAAAUGUCAAACAUAUCGUUUUUUAUCUCUUCCAGUUUUCCUUUUAUCAAAUUCGUAUCCAUACUUUCAAUGAAAAUAUCAAUA